UUAAAUUUAUAAGCAAUAAAUAGCAAUUUUUAUUUUCUCCCGUUUUUCCCGGGAAUCCCGGGAAAUGAAAUUUCGAUAUCCCGAAAUCCCGGGAAUUCGAAAACAUUCCGGGAGUGGGAGCUCUAAUACAUAUGCGCAGCAGCAGCAAGGAAAGAGGUAACAAUCGGCGAUCCAUUGUAUAUUUCUUUCAUGCAUAACCAACCCAUAACUAGGACAACGCAAUACAAGUGUCAAUGGUGGUCUAGGUGGUAAGCGUUUCAAAAGUUACGAUGAGCACGUAGGAGGUACGUAGGUUCGAAUCCCAACGGAAUUUAUUUUUUAAUUGAAUAUGUCACCAACCAAAAAUUGAAACAUUGUUCUACAAAAACAACAACAACAACAACAGCAUAAGCAUGGCAACAUUGUGUUGUUGGUAGAAAAGCCAAGCUGUGCCGAAAGAAACGAACAAACGAUCGCCGAUUGUCACCGCUUCGCUUGCUGCUCGAACAUCUUCGCAGACAAGGUUGCGUAGAUUCAUAUUGAGCAAGGUUGCGCAACCUGAAUCUAUCGCAACCUUUUCCGAACUCGUAUAAGAAGUAUAACUUCAAAAAAAGAUAAAAAUUAUAUACAAAAUCUAAUAUACAUAUGUACGUAUAUUGUAUAUGUUAAAAAAGUGAAUACCUGUGCACAAACCAAGUGUGAAAAAAUUGAACAAAAGUGCGGUGCUAAACACUAAAUACAGAUAUAAUACAUACAUAUACACAUGUAUGUAUGGUGAAACAAAAAAAAAAAAAAAAAAACAGAGUGAGGUGACAAAUUGUGGUGCGCAAACUGAAGAAGUUGACACAACAAACAAAUUUCACAGUGAGGUGAAAACAAAAACCAAAUCGAAACAAAAGAGGAACAAGGAAAACCCAACACCACCAACACAAGGAUUGGAGAAAGACGCACAGGCACAAGUGCAAGCACAAGCGCAGGCAAGAGCACAGGCGCAUAUACUCAUAUUAUCCCCAAAAGCCCCUGGCGGAAACCAAAGUGAGUUGUAUCGUUCCUUUCAAUUUUAUAUAUAACUUUCACAUACAUAUGUAUGAUUUAGAAUCUAAAACUUAAAUUUACGGUUCAGUAGUGCGUUUCUGUAACCCAUUUCAAGCGAUGUUCUCGACUCAAAUUCUCGAUUUGACGUCACUCUCACUCAAUGUGUUUCUGUAAAAUAAUUACUCGAUUCAAUCGAUAGUCAGCUGAUAUGUUCCAUUCCAUUUCAGUAGGAAUGCUCGAUUGAAUGUGUUUCUGUAACCAAAUUGAAUGAAAUUUUGUCGAUUGGUUUUCUCACUUCCAUUUGAGGUGAUGACAAAAAAAUUUUUCGUUAAAUUCAAAAUGGAAUUAGUUGAAUUUAAAGCAAAUGGAAGUAUAUUUUUGUUAAUAUAUUAUAUAUGAAUAGUUAAAAAAGAUUUGAUGCAUUUUCUUUACAGAGAAGUACGUCGGAGCGUGUUACGAAUGGCCAAACGAGGCGGUUACUGCACUUAAUGCAGCAGCACCGCAGCGUUGGAAGGGGCCAAUUUAUGAAACCAAACGCGAGGAAGGAGCACGAAGAGGUCCCCUAAUCAGUGGAAAAAGUGUUGGAUAGACUGGAAAUCGGCAGUCAAGAAGCUGCACAAUGCCCCCAGAGCGUUCGCCAGACGAACUGGAAACCUGCCGUUGCAGGACGGUCCAAAACCGUUGGAUGCCAUGGACCGGGAAAUUCUGGAGUUUUUUUCCAGGGACAUUGUGGACGGUGAUGGGCUCACUCCCGAAAUUGGUUUGUCGACAACUGCUGAAAUGGUCGAUGUUACCAUUGAGGAUGAGGGUGAUGCUACUGCCAACAUUGGGUUGGAUGCAAACGCGGACAGUUUGGACAUAUUCGAAGUGGAGGCAAUGGGUCAGAUGCUUGAGGUUGUGCCAAACAAACAGCGACCCAAACAGCGCACAAACCAAAACUGUGUGGAAGAGGCGAGCAGUCUCAUUGAAAAUCACCAUGCGCAGCUGAAAGAGAUUUUGGAGAGACAACACGAGGAGCACAUGGGUGUUUUAAAUGGAAUUCACGAUACACUGAGAGCUCUGCUGGAAACCAUGACGGGAGCGACUGUUGCAUAAGGAGUAGGCACAGCAAAAUAUUCAUAUUUUCUAAAUAUUAUAUUCAUUGGUUGGGGCCAAGGCUUUGCGUAUGUACACCGAUAGCAGUAGCUGCUUCAAACGGGGUUACAUAGUCGCUCUCCAAUUGUUGUUGCAUUGAAAUCUAUUCCCGGAAGGACAGUAAUGUUCACUACAAUCGACUGUUAUUAUAAUAUAUAUUACAAAAAAUAAAGAG